GUCCUCCUACCCACACGCUUCACAGCCCGGUUACCCUUCUUGGCAACCCCACCCUGUGGUCACUUUGGCCCCCGCGGGAAGCCGGCGGCCUGGAGAAGUCGCCAGGGACUACUUCGCCUCCUCCUGCGGGAGCCCCCGGUUCGGGCAGCAGCGGCGGCGGCGGCGGAAGGAGCGGGCGGCGUGAGCGCUUCCGCCGCCCCCCUCGCGACUCCUCUCUGGCGGGUGUGGGGAGGUGAGGAGCUGGCCGGCGGAGCUGCUGCUGGGCACCGGCUGGCGGGGGACCUGCGGCCGCUCUCCUCGCUAUCAAGUCGCUUCUCGGAAAUCUGCUCCUCGGGAGUGGCCGUUCUUCGUUGGCCUGGGUGGGAGAGAUCGGCUUGCCUGCCACCGCCGCACACGCUCCUCGCCGCCCCCUCUUCCCCCUCUGGAGUCGUCCCGGCUGGAGCGUGUCUGGAGGAAUCCGCCACCGCAGGCCCCUCACCCGGUUCCGCUUGUUCCUGAGGACCGCCCCACUUGCUGCCGGGGGCUGAGCGGGCAGCCUGCAGCGAGGCGGGAGAUGGUGGGGUGGGCUCCGGUAGGACCGCGCUGCCGCCGCCGCCUGGAGCCUGGGCUCGGCACCCCCCUGCCGGCCCCCACCAAGCUGAGCUCUGCUUCCUCCUCGCCGCAUCCCUGAGGGAAGCGCCGCCUCUGCUCCGGGCUUCUCCGCCCGCCCGCCCGCUCGUUCCCUGUCGGACCCCGCCGCACUCGACCCCAGUGGCGGGAGGAGCAGCUCUCCAGUCAGCCCUUGCAGCCCCCUUUUCUUUUUUCUUUUCCACGAACACUCCCCGGCCUCUUCAGAUCACUUGGCUGGACACUAAACCGAGGGAAGAGGCUGGGGUCGCCACGGCGGAGGUUGUUGCCGCCACCCCCCUGCGGGGGUGGCCGGGGUUCCCGGCUGGGGGGGCACCGUUCUGGGUGAGGCAUCCACCAUGGUGAGGCCCCUGAGCCGCUGCCCCAGCGCCCCCCCGGCCGUCGUUGCCUCCUGCCCCUCGGUGCUGCUGCUGCUUCUCCGCCUACUGUUGCUCCUCCAUCUCCAGAUCGGAUCACGGUGAGGGAAAGAUGAGCGAGGAGACGGCGACUUCUGACAACGAUAAUAGUUAUGCACGAGUGCGAGCUGUGGUGAUGACCCGGGAUGACUCAAGUGGUGGAUGGUUACCACUUGGAGGGAGUGGACUGAGCUGCGUCACUGUCUUCAAAGUCCCUCACCUGGAAGAGAAUGGCUGUGCUGACUUUUUUAUCCGUGGAGAGCGACUCAGGGACAAAAUGGUGGUUUUGGAAUGUAUGCUUAAAAAGGACCUCAUUUACAAUAAGGUCACUCCAACAUUUCACCACUGGAAGAUUGAUGACAAGAAAUUUGGCCUUACCUUUCAAAGUCCUGCUGAUGCUAGGGCUUUUGAUAGAGGUAUUCGAAGAGCUAUAGAGGACAUUUCUCAAGGAUGCCCAGGAUUAAAAAAUGAAACUGAAGGAGCAGAAGAUGACUUACAAGCAACUGAAGAGGAUACUCCCAGUUCUCUAGUGAAAGAUCAUCUUUUCCAGCAAGAGACAGUUGUUACCAGUGAGCCUUAUAGAAGCCCAAGACCUUCUCCCUUUGAAGAUUUGAAUGCCAGAAGAGUCUACUUGCAAAGCCAAGCCAAUCAGAUAACAUUCAGUCAUCCAAGCCUAGAUAUUCAGGGCAGAAGUAUAGAAUAUGUACAGCGACAAAUAUCCAAGGAAUGUGGAAACCUAAAGUCCCAAAAUAGGGUCCCUUUGAAACCAAUCCGACAUGUCAGCUUUCAAGAUGAGGAUGAGAUUGUCAGAAUAAACCCUCGAGAUAUCUUAAUACGACGCUAUGCAGACUACCGACAUCCUGACAUGUGGAAAAAUGACUUGGAGAGAGAUGAUACUGACUCCAAUAUUCAGUUUUCUAAACCAGACAGUAAAAAAUCAGACUAUCUAUACUCUUGUGGGGAUGAGACUAAGUUAAGUUCACUCAAAGACUCUGUGGCACUUAAGACACAGCCUACCUUAUUAAAAUGUAAGAAGUCAAAACGAAGAAAAGAAGAUGGUGAACGUUCUCGCUGCAUAUACUGCCAGGAAAGGUUUAAUCAUGAAGAAAAUGGCAGGGGAAAAUGUCAGGAUGCUCCAGACCCUAUUAAAAGAUGCAUAUAUCAAGUUAGUUGCAUGCUCUGUGCUGAGAGCAUGUUGUAUCAUUGUAUGUCAGACUCAGAGGGAGAUUUUUCUGAUCCCUGUUCAUGUGACACUAGCGAUGACAAGUUCUGCUUACGAUGGUUAGCCCUAGUAGCUUUGUCUUUCAUUGUACCAUGUAUGUGCUGCUACGUCCCUUUGAGAAUGUGCCAUCGUUGUGGUGAGGCAUGUGGGUGUUGUGGUGGGAAACAUAAAGCUGCUGGAUGAAAGGAUCCAGUGCCAAAAUGAGCUUAAAAUCUUUGUUUCCAGGAAUUAGCUAACUUGGAUUGGUGGAAGCUUUUGGCAAGCAAUAUGAAAUCUUGCCUGGUGUCAUAGGGGCCACACGUGGAAGAAGCAGAACUCAUCAGUUCUUGGCAUUUCACAAAUGCUAGCCAUGCCUAACUUUUCCCUUGAGUGCAUGGCAUGUUUUGUUACAGGUUGUAAAAAGUAUUUGCGAAGGGAAACCAUUUCUGGUUAUUGGCUAUAAAAAGUGAGCAUAAAAUACGAUCCAACUAAAAGGGAUUAAUUUUUGGCAUUUUUGUAUAUUUAUGCAUUAGGUGACGGGACUAUUAAAGGUUUGAAUUCAUUAAGACAUGAACUAAAAGUGCACUAGGGGACAGCUGAUUUCUGUCUAAGAAAAGUUAACAUUUGGAAAUUAUAAGAAGUUAAACAAGUGCAACUAAAAUCAUUUAUUGUUUUUUGAAAGCAGUUUUAUGUAUAAAUAACAAAUGUUUAUAUUUAACUAAAUAUAAGGUACGAAUUAUGACAUAUUAAACUUUUCUUCCCCUUCCUAGUUUGAAAGUAGAUGUACAUAUAUCUACUGUCACAUUCCAUUAUAUUUUGAAUAUUUUACUCAUCUAGUUAAUAAUGUUUUUAUUCCAUGUGAAUGAUUUGAUAUUUUCACCCUCAUUUCCCUUUGGCUACGGUUUAUAUUGAGUUAUGUCUGUACAUUCUGGUAAUCUAAAAUUCUUAAAAAUAUUCUAAUAGCCUUGAGUGACCAACUUUUUUUUAAAGCACAGAUGUAAUUGUCUAAUGUUCUGAUGGGAACAUAACACUUAUUUUUAUAUAAAAAGAGACUGAGUAAACAUAGAAAAAAUGAGGUUUUGGGGUUGUUGUUUUGUUUUUUGUGGUAUUCAACCAGCAAGUUGUUUUCUCUCAGAUUUUCCUCCUUAAAAAAAAUCAUAUUGCAUUUACAAAUAUUUUACAAGGCAAAAAAAUGUAACUGGAUAGUUAGUGUAAGAGUUUUCUCCUGAGAUAUCUAUUUAUCAUUCCGGUAAACCAGAAUUUGUUCAAUUGUGUUACUGAUUUUUUAGCUUAAUCCUCAGUGCUUAUUAUUCACAUCAUAAUAAUAGCUUUUAUGUUAAAGUGUGUGCUGAUCUAUCCCCGGAUAAUCCAACUUUGUGAAUGAAAUAUCCUGUGCAUACAAAUUUCUUUCUUUUUCAGAGCAUUGUAUUAAUGGAUGUUUUAUUUACAAAGUAGUUGGAUAAAUGUUCCAACUAAUUGUUUAAAGUACUUUGGGAUCAAAUUCUCUCUCUCUCUCUCUCUCUCUCUUUCUCUCUCUCUCUCUCUCUCUCUCUCUAGUGUUAACAUUUAAACUCUAAUCAGGUAAGGCGUUCUUUAAGAACAUUCCCUUAGAGGGAUAAAGAUGAGAAGCAUGCGUUUUGUUUUUUGUAAUGGCUUGAAGUUUCAAGAGUGAUAAGCAUUAAAAUCACACUACCAUUUUAAGCUCCUGUUCUACACAAAUUUUUAAAUGUCAUUUAUGUAUCAUUCGUUUUACCUUCACAGUAAAGCUUGUGUUUCCUGUCGUCUUUUGCCCCUGAUCAAACUGAACAAUGUAUAUAACACUGUCUGUAAAAUACUUUUUUUAAGAAAGCAUUUAUAUUUAUAUGACAGCUUGAACUGACAACAUUGUGUAUAUAGAUCAUCUUGAAGUAUUAUUUCACAUUGAAAAGAAGAAAAAUAUAUUGAUAACUAUAGAUGUUAUGAAGAAGAGGUUAUUUCUAGUUUUGUACUAAAAAUCAAUUGGAUGACCUAAAUCCAAACAUGACACUGUAGCAGCAGUUUUAAGUCUUAUUUUUACUGUUUAUAUAUUUGGACACUGCUACACCAGAUGAUCUCCAUCCCUGAAGUUUUCAGCUAAACUUGGUUACCUAGGAUAGACUGUUAACUUUCAAAAUUAAUUUUUAUUGGUGGAAUGGAAAUAAUUGGUUUUCCUUGUGAAUAAAUUUUCAUAUUUGUAAGUGUGGAGUUUAUAAUUCAGGUUUGAGCAAGGUGUGAAUAACUGAAGAAAAUAACUUGCUGGCUCUAUAGGAAAAUGCUGUGGAAAUGAACUGUGUAUAUACUUCUAGGAAGAACAAAUAUAAUAAUCAUUUCUUUGUUAAGCACUAAUCGGUAUAGUGCAACUCCUGGUUCUGUACUGUAUUUUAUAUGCAACAUAUAUGCUUUAAUAUUUUAAUGUUUGUGCAUUAAUAUUUUCAAAUUGUUUUAACCACUUUGCUGCUAAGACUUUGCCGUCCUAUCCCCAUUUUUUCCUUUACAAUUUUAAACAAGUUUCUUCAUUAAAACUUAUGGUGAUAAAAUGGUUUUUAUUUCACCUCAGAUCUUUACAGUUAACACACCCAGUUUCCAAAUUGGUCUAGAAGACUAACUAGUAAUAUAAUGUUAUCUGAAUCCCUGUGCGGAAAGUUUUCUCCUGAGUAAAUUAGAAUUCUAAUGUGAAAACUAAUGGGUGGUUUAAAUUUCUUGUUUUAAAUGUAUAUAGGUAUGUUCAGGGACAUUUUCUCAUCUGCAUACAGAUUUGGCACUGCUAGUUGGCUUUUCCUUUAAAACAUUUCUCUGUUUUUAAUUUGGUAGUAUAAGCAAAUGGCUAAACAAAACUGCCUAAGUAAUAAAUAUUGAAAAUGAAAUCAUGUUGAUGGCAUGACAAGAAACACUUCGGUCUGAUGGCUUGUUGUGUUCAGACCUGAAAAUUUGUAAAUG